UAAAAUCCUCCACUGCCGAGCCAGUCGCGCCGCCGAACCACUCCGUCCUCUCCUCGCCCACCGCCGCCGCCGCCGCCGCCCAUCCUCCUUCCUCUCCUCGGGCGCUGAACCGCCGAGCUGAGCAGCCGCCCCGCCGCCCCCUCCUCCGCCGCCACAAGCCCGAUCGAGGGGUGUCUCGCCCGGGAUAUAUAUAUAUGGCGGCGGGGCCGGCGGGGAUCGUGUGGCAGACGCCGGCGAACCCGCCGGAGCGGCAGGACUACAUCUUCCGCGACGGGCGGCGCUACGUGAGGCCCUACUACUUCGAGUUCAUCUCCCAUGUGAAAAACAGAUGGGCUGGGAAGACCAUUGUUGACCUCUUCACCGAUGAGUUCAAGGGCCGGCCUCGUGAAUAUUAUGUUCAUGCAGUGAAGUGUGGGAGGCUUCAGGUGGAUGACCAAAUGGUUCACGCAGACUAUGUUGUGCAAUCAUCACAAAAGAUAAGCCAUUUCUUGCACAGGCAUGAACCUCCAGUUUUGGGUGGUGAUAUUACAAUCCUUCAAAAUGAAGCUGAUGUUGUUACAGUUUGCAAACCUGCAUCUGUUCCAGUUCAUCCGUGUGGUCAAUACCGCAAGAAUACUGUUGUCGGUAUUCUGCAAGCUGAACAUGGAUUGGUGCCCCUAUUUCCCGUGCAUCGGCUAGAUCGGUUAGUUUCAGGUCUCCUUAUAUUUGCUAAAAAUGCUGACAAAGCUGAAAGUUUCAGGCAACAGAUCGAAGCUAGUUUGCUGCAGAAAGAAUAUGUGGCCAAGGUUGUUGGGGUGUUUCCUGAUGGUGAGCAAACUGUUAAUGCAAAUGUGCACUUCAACGCACGGGAAGGAAGGAGCACUGCAGAGGUUUGUGAUGGUGAUGGUAAAGCUCCAAUUGGAAAACAAGCCUGCACCAAGUUUCAGAGGAUCUGUACUGAUGGAAUCCACAGCAUUGUCCUGUGCAAACCUGUGACUGGCCGGACUCAUCAGAUAAGGGUACAUCUAAAACACAUUGGUUACCCAAUAGCCAAUGACGAGGUGUACCUUUCCGAGAAUUUUUCUCCACGUUCGUCAAAGGGAACAAGAAUCAACAGAGCAACCACGCUAGCUUGUUCAUUGCCAUCUUCAGAUCCUGACAGUUGUGCUGACCUUGGGAACAAUGAUACAAACGAAGAUACAGAAGCCGAUGAGGAGUUCAGCAUCGAUCCGAUGUGUACGAAUUGCCCAAAUCUUGCUCCAGUAGGUUAUGAUGCAGAUGAGGAGGCAUUGUGGCUGCACUGUGUGCGAUAUACUGGUCCUGAUUGGAGCUACGAAUGCCCAUAUCCUGAUUGGGCCUUCCUUGAUAAUGUGUCGAGGAAGAAGUUGAAAUCAUGAUUAUCUUUCAUGGAUACUAGUACGGUCAGCCCACCUGCCCGAAGGCUCAAAUUUUGCUAAGUUUAUGAUUUGUUUGAUAUGCACAUAAACAGUGUAUGCGCCCAUACUGCAUUUUCUAGCAAGAAGCGCUAGAAUCUAGAUAGUGUUGUAGCUGUAUUUUUAUCGUACCUCUUUUUCUCCAAAGCUUGCAUGCUUUAAUAUACUGUCAUUUUGGAUGUUAAAUAGCUUAUCUUAGAAAUCUAAAGAUUACUCGAAGUCAUGUGCAAUGAUCAGUUGUAGGGGUUAACUUUGCUUGCUUCA